AUGGCGUGGUUCUGCACAAGAACAAUAAGUACGACUUCCGGUUUACUUAUCCUGAUUAUUGCUUUACAACGAUUCCUGAAGGUUUGCAGACCGUUCGGUCCACAGAUGACGUCGUUAUGGAAACGUGUGUUAGUAGCCGGUGCUAUGGCGCUGUCGUGUCUCAUGCACACGCCAUUGUUUAUAUUUUACGGGGAGAUAACUCUACAUAAUCCAAUCCUAAAUGCCACCGGAAGUCGAUGCGGACUUAUAAUUAACGAAGAUAAGACUUUAGUAAAAGCGGAAAUGGGUUAUUUUUACUUCAUGUUUGCCUCGGCAGGAUGCGUUCUAUUGUCAAUCAUAAUUCUUUACUCUUUAAUCGGUCAUCGAAUCUACGAAAAAGUGAGACGAUCAAAAGAACGAAAGUCGUCCCUUCCUUCUUCUCAGUCUUCUCAAUAUUCCUUUGCACCGGAAGAGAACGGAACGAAUGAUUUCGGCACUACGGAUGCCAUGGUAACGGCGCCGUAUUCUAAAGUGGCCUCUCUAAAACGUCAUAGUGCUGAUAAGAGGAUAGCGAUUAAAAAGAGAAAGACUCGUAAAAAUCCUGUGGAAAAACAUAGAUACACUUUGAUGUUUAUGCUGAUUGCGGCAGUGUGUGUUGUAACGUAUAUCCCGUCACUGACAGCAAACAUUAUCCAAAAUAUAGACUCUGAGAUAUUCUGGACGGAAUUCACGAACGGUGAACGAGCUUUGUAUAUAUUUCUGUUUCAGUUAUACAUCUUCAACCAUGUAGCUAAUCCUUUUAUCUAUGGACUCUUUGAUGGGACAUUUCGACUCGAGGUUCGUAAAUUGUUCUGUAAAGGCGCCUGUAAAUAA